CAUGUAAUGUCAUGUAAAAUUAGUUCUGCACUUCUUUUCAAAUCUGAAAAUUGUAAAACGCAUGUCUGUGUUUAAUCUGGCGUCUCAUCAUUGACAACUGUAGCCAUCCAAUCACAUUCGCACAUAUAGAAUCGUUGAGACCCGCUGAGCCAAUGAUUGUGCGAUUAACACCGACGCGUCCCGCCUCUCAGGGCGGGCUCAACCAAUCCAGCGCGCUCAUUCUUGCAUAAUUAACGCAGGCUUGCGGUGGGCAGUGACGCAGAGUCUGAGACUUUCCUCGUAAUUUAUCAAAAAUAUCGCUUUAUUCGCCGGAACGGAGUAAUUACUUUAUUCCCAUUCAAGCUUCAGACCGCUGUAACGCAGUACCGGAUCAAAUCCAUGUGAUUUCGUUUGUUCGAGACAGGACAAGCCCUCUUACAUGUGGAUAUUGAUGUGGUAGGGAAUAAAUAAAGAUGCCGCAGCCGAAAUCGCGCAAGAUCGCCGUCCUGGGCUACAGAUCCGUCGAUCACAGUUGAGAGAACAUGCGAACAUCACAUCAGGACACACUCGAGCUGACUCCAGCCUUUGGGAACAGUUCCUGUCAUACAGUCAUGCUGGUUUCAUGUGAUCGUGAUCAAACCUUAGCAUGCAUUCUUUGUCUUCACUGCAUUCAGUUUCAACUUGUUUUCCCAAAUCAUUUUUACUAAUAUAUAAAUUAGUGAUUCAACAAAAAGAUUAAGCUGAACUUAAAAUUUGGUAAUAAAAUUUGGAUAAUUGAACUCUUAAUGCUGUUCAGGAUGUCAUUUUUUCAGGUAAUAAAUUAAAUCAGUUGUUGUGAAACAAAUUAACAUCAUUUUUGUUUGGAGAAGCACAAAUUGAACUGUUUUGUUUUUCUUGUUUUCCUGGCUGAAUAUUUUUGGUUGCCAGAAUUUUGGUGCAUCAUACAUGCAUCCAUCCGUCCACCCAUCCAUCCAUCUGUCCACCCACCCAUACAUCCAUCCGUCCAUCAGUCCAUCCAACUAUACAUCCAUCAGUCCAUCCAACUAUACAUCCAAUCCUCCACUCAUCUAUCCGUCCACUCAUCCAUCCACCCAUACAUCCAUCCGUCCACCCACCCAUACAUCCGUCCAUCCAUCAGUCCAUCCAACUAUACAUCCAUCCGUCAACUCAUCCAUCCAUCCACUCAUCCAUCCACCCAUAUAUCCAUCCACCCAUCCAUCUAUCUGUCCACUUAUCCAUUCACCCAUCCCUCCACUCAUCCAUCCAACCAUCUAUUCAUCCAGCCAUCCAUCCAUCCGUCUACUCAUCCAUCCACCAUCCAUUCACCCAUUAUCCACCCAUCUAUCCAUCCAUCCAUCCAUCCGUCCACUCAUCCAUCCACCCAUCAAUUCAUCCACCAUCUAUCCACCCAUCCAUUCAUCCAGCCAUCCAUCCAUCCGUCCACUCAUCCAUCCACCAUCUAUCCACCCAUUAUCCACCCAUCUAUCCUCCCCACCAUCCAUCCCGUCAAUUCAUCCACAUCAAUCCACCCAUCUGUCCAUCCAUCUGUCCAUCCAUUCAUUAUCAAUCUAUCCAGCCAUCCAUCCAUCCACUUAUCCAUCCAUCCAUCCAUUCAUCCAGCCAUCCAUCCAUCCGUCCACCCACCCAUCAAUUCAUCCACCAUCCAUCCACCCAUUAUCCACCCAUACAUCCAUCCAUUAUUCAUUUAUCCACCCAUCAAUCUAUCCGUCCACUCAUCCAUUCAUCCAUCCAUCCGUCCACUUAUCCAUCCACCCAUUAUCCAUCCAUCCACCCACCCAUUUAUCCAUCCAUCCAUCCAUCACCACAACUUCUGACAACUUCACAACAUCUUAUGUAGACCUUAAUUGGACCUGUAUUGAAAAUGUUUCAUGAAAGCAUGCAGGACAAAUAAAUGUAUGUUUUGUGUCUGAUGAUGUAAUGAAGCUGUCAGCUCUCAUCAGGUUCAUUUCAGGCCUCAGUAUGGCAGAUGCAUGUGAACUUUAGAUAACAUGACGUAUGUUUUGACCUCCAGUUUCAGCUCGAUUCAGCCGUCAGUUCUGCGUUUGUCAGUUCUGGUUUUCAGCUCACUAUAUGGCAGUGCCGUAACCUUCACUAGUCAAUGCUAAUGAAAACCUUCAAGUUUGAUUCUAAAGAUGCACUCAAGUCUCUGCAGUUUGAUUAAACCAUCCAUAAGCUCUCUAUUUUGUGAUUUCCAAAAGCAGUUUAAUUUCUUUUUGAGUAGAAAGUCUUUAAAUCCGUCUCGUGUAGGAAUUGUACAGUAUUCCUGCUCUCAUUACAGAUGUAAGCGCUUCCAGAUUGUGGAGGAUCUCUGCGUGUCCACUUCACUGGUCACUGACUAAAUGCCGUCCGCCCACAUCUGGGCUUUGUUUGCGGGGUCACGAGCCAGCCGAUCGGAACUAUAUGUUCCUGAUGCGUUUGCUCCUGUUUCAGUGUCUAUUUAUAGAGCUGAUGAGGAAGGAUGCUUGAAAUCCGAUGCGCUUCCAUUAAAAUGGAGGGAUUCAGGGCUGCUGCUCUCUAAUGGCUUUAACAUAGAGAAAUGCUUGUAAUGAACAGCUAAAAAAAAAAAAAAAAAAAAAACAGAUGGAAUAGAUAUUGACUGUUUGUUUAAAAGUUAAUUUAUAUUCCUGGUCUUAUUGUGAAUGAUACAGAAGUGACAUUAUUAUAAUGAAAAUAAAUGUUCGUUUUUUUUUGUUUUUUUUUUAAGAUUAUUUUUUUAUUAAGUUUUAACAUUUACAGUACACCCCACCCCUUGACGGCAUAUAUGUAUAUAUAAUAAAUGUUCGGUUUUUAUCAGUCUCUGAAACGAGUUUCUAUUUUCUGUUGAUGUUAUCCGUCACUUAAGGAUGACAUAAGGAUAAAUCUUGAAGGACUUAUUUUUUAGAUGGCAUUUUCAUUAUCUCAUUAUUUUAACACAUUAAAGAUUUUGAAUUAUUCACGUGCGUUAACGUUGACAGCCCUAAUUUAAAUGCAACAAUUCACUCGUAAAAAUAUUGAUAAAAGUCAUAACCCCUAAUAUGGUGGCUGUAGCCCCGCCUUACUUUUUAAAGAGCCAAUCACCUUUUUCGUCUGUUUGUUACUUUAGAAUGUGAGAGGCUGUUAUUUUGUAUCAUGUGAGCUGAAGACACACACAAUUGUUACAUUUUAUUUCUAAUUUGGAAUCUUAUCUAACUGUAACACUGACAAACUUGUUACAUUUUUGGAGGCUUUGCCUUUGGUCUUUCCCCAUUAGCUGUUGAGUGGAAUGACUUUAGGAACGUCCGCAUUUCACAAUCCAGUUUAUUCCUGAUGGAUAAAAUAAUUUUUUCUUUCUUUUCAUUGAAGAUUCUCCUGUUGCAUCUCUAGUCAGAACAUGUUUGGACGUUCCGUUUGAAUGAUCAAACACACUUCUGUCCUUCAAAGAGCUGCACUUCCAUUCCGGAAUGUCCCGAUGUUCCUGUGGGCUUUUCCCUGUGAAUGAGAGCUCGCAUUAACAAAUGCUGGAUGCAGAGAGGAACUCGCCGUUGUUAUAGCAACAGGCUGCAGGGCAAAUCUGCCCACACACUCAUUCUGUGUGUGUGUGUGAUUGUCCUGCGUUACUACCACUAUGGCAGUUUCAUCACAAAUGCUCUUUUGAAUGGGAAUGUCUGUGUUUAAUCACAGAGAGAAUCACAUGAAACCAGUCAAGAACCGUCUAGGUCACGUUUCAACCCAAAUUCAAAAGGAUAAAUAAUUUUUUGCGUAUAGAAACAGAAGCUUGUUGAGAUGUUUGACAUUUUCUUGAUCUACUGUUUUAAGAUAUGUGUUUGUGAGAUAUGAAUAGUUUCAUUUGGCAUUAUGAUAAUGAUUUCUGCAUGAUUGUGUAAAUCUCUUCAGCAUGUCCUGUGAGCUGGUCAUGCAUUGCAUAACUGAAGAAAACUACGCUGUACAUGUAUGUAAUGUGUUAAUGCAUGUUACUAGUGUGAAGUUCACGUUCAUUCUCUUGUAAUCUGGAGGUACAGAUCAUCUUUCACGCUUUUUGACUUUGUGUUUCUGU